AUGGAGUGCGGCAACAUGGGUCUGUUCGACCGCGGCGUGCAGAUGCUGCUGACCACGGUGGGCGCCUUCGCGGCCUUCAGCCUCAUGACCAUCGCGGUGGGCACGGACUACUGGCUCUACUCCCGCGGGGUCUGCAGGAGCAAGUCCAUGAGCGACAACGAGACCAGCAAGAAGAACGAGGAGGUCAUGACUCACUCGGGCCUGUGGAGGACCUGCUGCCUGGAAGGAAACUUCAAGGGGAUGUGCAAACAGAUCGACCACUUUCCCGAGGACACGGAUUACGAAGCAGACCCGUCAGAGUACUUCCUGCGAGCGGUGCGAGCGUCCAGCAUCUUCCCCAUCCUCAGCGUCAUCCUGCUCUUCAUGGCGGGAUUGUGUAUCGCCGCCAGUGAGUUCUACAAGUCCCGACACAACAUCAUCCUCAGCGCAGGGAUCCUCUUUGUGUCUGCAGGCCUGAGCAACAUCAUCGGCAUCAUCGUGUACAUAUCAGCCAACGCGGGGGACCCGUCCAAGAGCGACUCCAAGAAGAACAGCUACUCGUACGGCUGGUCCUUCUACUUCGGCGCGCUGUCCUUCAUCAUGGCGGAGAUGGUGGGCGUGCUGGCCGUGCACAUGUUCAUCGACCGCCACCGGCAGCUCCGGAUCGGGUCGCGGGCGGCCGACUACCUCCAGGGCUCGGCCAUCAGCAGGAUCCCCAGCUACCGCUACCGCUACCGGCGCCGCUCGCGGUCCUCGUCGCGCUCCACGGACCCGUCGCACUCCCGCGACGCCUCGCCGGUGGGGCUGAAGGGCUUCAGCGCGCUGCCGUCCACGGAGAUCUCCAUGUACACGCUGCCCAGGGACACCCUCAAGUCCUCGGGCACGCCCACCUACAACUCGGAGCGGGACCACAACUUCCUGCAGGUCCACAACUGCAUCCAGAAGGACCUGACGGACUCCAGCCACAGCAACGCGGCCAACCGCCGCACCACGCCCGUAUGAGGCCGCGCCCCCUUUCUAGAACCUCCUUCUUUUUCUGCAUGACUCUUCCGCGUCCACCAGGUGUGGGCGGGGCCUCGAUGACGUCGGCGCCUUCAACACCUGCUUUACUUUGGGGACUUUUGCAUUCAAACUGUGAAUCGUUGCAGCCCAAGCUGUACGCUAGUUGACUAUAUAAAAUAUAUAUAAAUAUAUAUAUAUAAUAAUAAUAAUAAAUAUAAAUGUAUUACUUUUCUAAACAAAAUGACCAAUCAUCAUAACUGAAGCAAAAAAGAGUUAAGCGCUGUUGUUGACUGAAGACUUUUCAGCUGAGAAUCAUUCUUUUAUUUUUUUUUCUUAGUCUACGUCACAAAUACUGCAUGCUAAUUGAAAUACUUCAGUUUUCAUGUGUACUUUUUUUUUUAAGAUAUUAUUUCUUCAGUCAUUUUUUUUUCUUUUCUGCUUUUGUGAGCCAAACAAACAAUGAAACUGCUUUUUGGUUGAUGGCGUUCUAAUAAUAUAUAUGAAUAUAUUCUACAGUAUGUAUGUGAUUUAUUUUUGAAGAACAACUCACACAGCCUUAGACAUUCCUUUCUUUUCUUUUUAACGUCGUGUUCAAAAAGAAACUCUAAAAGGUGCCAAAACCGAAUGAUCCGAAACUUGGAUGCAUCGAGUCCUGAUCAAUAAAAUAUGAACCCUGG